UUUUCAAUUUUCACAGCCGCGCUUGAGUCUCGAUCCUCUCUCGCUCUGACGCUCUCUAUCCCCUCCGCCGUCUCAGGCUUCUCUCCGCUCACUCUCUCUCAGGCUUCUCAGCAUUCGGUGUUCUAACCAGAAGUGUUAUCGAAAUGCACACCAUUAUUGUUUGGAACCUGCAUUCCGGAAUUGACAACAAGGCACUGGAAAAGGAAUUUGAAAAAUAUGGCCCUAUUCGAAGUGCAAGGGUUUUUGUUCCGAGUAUACCGGGAGAGAUGAACAGAGGAGUGGUGGAGUUUCAAACUACCAGUGCUGCUGCAAGUGCAAUUUGUGAAAUGAAUAGGAAAAAUGGAUGGAUUGUUGAGUAUGCUAAAGAAGGAGCUUGCUGGUGGUUAAGUCCCGCCGUACAGCCUUCUGGACUGACGCCUUCCUCCGGUCAGACCAUCCCCAGCCCCAAGCUCAAUCUGGAGGACGUUAAUGCCCAAUUGUUGAAGAUUAUGGGUCACUGGACAGAAGAUCCGGUCUUGCCUGUAACUUCUGUGAAAGCUCAGACCAAGUUAACGAUUGUUGAACAACCUUCUCACUCCUGGUUAACGAAUGCUAUUGCACCAAGACAAGCCAACUUAAACCCUCCACCUCCACAGACCAGCACAAGCAACAUUGUCUCACAACCGUUUCACUCCAGCUCAAGGAAUGCUAUUGCACCAGGACAGGCCAAAUCAAACCCUCCACCUUCACAGACCAGCACAAGCAACAUUGCUGCACCACCUGCUCCACCUACGAAAAAGAGAAAAUGAACACUUGUUUUCUUUGGUGUUAACUACUAAUCUCUGCAAAUUUUGAGCAUUUCGUUGUUAAAAUUAAAUUGCUUCUCUUUCACAACUUUGUCAAGACAAAUUAUAAGUCCAUCGACUUCUUAUCUGAUUUGCUUUUAUACUGCCAUUUUCCAGUGUCUUGUAUAACUACUGGCUUUGGG